AUGGGGAGAGAAAUUCCAGACGAGGAUGAAUCUCCACGCAAGCGCAUUAAGAUUUCAAAGGAUCCAGAUUCUAAUUCUCCUAUUACCCCUGUUUCUGGAUUUGGGCCUCCCGCCGCAUUGGACAGCCAGGAUAUCCAGGCGCUGAAAGAGGCGGAGGUCGGCAUCACCGAUUUUGUCAGCCCGCAUCUCCCUAGCUUUUCCGGUAUCUUGAAGAAAAGGUAUACUGAUUUCCUGGUCAACGAAAUUCUUCCUUCCGGCGAGGUUCUGCAUCUGGCAAAUCUCGAUCUCCCUCAUUCAUUUAAAGCUGCCACUGCCAGCUUAGGACCUCCAAAGCCCACGCCCGCUGCGCCUGGGAAUAACCAGAACGCAAAUUUUUCAAAGGCAUCAGAGGAUGGCGAGAAAAAUAUUACGGAAACAGAAGUUUCGAACCCGACCGCUACAGCGAAACCCCAGUUUCACUCGGGCUCUCUCGCGACCCACCGCAAAAACAAGGAGCUCCGGACGAAAAUCCACCAAGCUAUUCGACGUAUAUUCGCGUCUCGUCUAGACUCAACCACGGAGAGCGAUGGUACGAUGGCAAUAACCCCCAUUCCUUUAUCACGCAAGGGUGCCGAGUCGCGUGGUGGCAGAGGUGGACGGGAUACCUGCAGGGGAAAGCUGGGAUGGAGCGAGUUAGGCGGGGAACAUUUGCAUUUCACCAUCUACAAGGAAAACAAGGACACCAUGGAAGUCGUGACAUUCCUUGCUCGUCAGAUGAAAAUGAAUGCAAAGCAGUUCGGGUUUGCUGGAACGAAGGACAGACGUGGGGUAACUGUCCAGCGUGCCAGUGUUUAUCGUGUAUAUGCGGAUCGAUUGCUGAAUGUUGGAAAGUCACUGCGGAACGCAGCCGUUGGUGACUUCGAGUAUCGCACGGAUCGCCUUGAGCUGGGAGACUUGAAUGGGAACGAAUUUGUAAUCACGCUUCGCGACUGCCAAUUUCCCUUUGGCCAGAAUGAGGAGAUGUUGACCAAUGGAGUUUCAAAGGCUACUGAAAUUGUCUCCCAGGCUCUUCAUGAUCUUCGCGAACGGGGCUACCUUAAUUACUAUGGGCUGCAGCGUUUCGGGACGUUCUCCACACGAACUGAUACCGUGGGACUGAAGAUGUUGCAGGGUGACUUCAAGGGUGCUUGCGAGUGCAUUUUACAUUUCAAUCCAGGAACUCUCGCACAGACGCAAUCCCAGGCACAGUCGCAGGAGACGAAAACCCUCAUCAGCGCCGACGACAUCGCGCGCGCAGAGGCGAUUCACAUUUUCCAGACAACGGGCAGAUGCAAUGAAGCCGCCAAUAAGCUCCCUCGUAAAUUCUCCGCUGAGUCCAGCAUCAUCAGACACCUGGGCCGAAAUAAAAAUGACUAUUUCGGUGCGCUAGGAACCAUCCCCCGCAGCCUCCGUCUCAUGUAUGUCCACGCAUACCAAUCACUGGUAUGGAAUUUUGCAGCGAGCCAACGCUGGCAGUUGUACGGUGAUAAGGUCGUCGCCGGCGACCUUGUGCUCGUCAACGACUUCAAAGAAAGCGACGGCCCGGGUGCAGCUGCCGCAGUUGAUGAAUUCGAUGCAGAUGGCGACGUUGUCGUGCUGCCUGAGGCCGGCGAUAGCGCCAACGCUCCCGAUGAGAUGUUCGAGCGAGCGCGGGCCUUAACUGCGGAAGAGGCUGCGAGCGGGAAAUAUACCAUUUUCGACAUCGUCUUGCCGCUGCCGGGUUUUGACAUUUUGUACCCAGAUAACGAGAUGACAGCAUUCUACAAGGAUUUCAUGAGCAGUGAUCGAGGCGGUAAGCUGGAUCCCUUCGACAUGCGAAGGAGCUGGAAGGAUAUCAGUUUGAGCGGUGGGUAUCGGAAGCUGCUUAGCAAGCCAGGUGCGGAGUAUUCGUUUGAGGUGAAGGCGUAUGCAAACGAUGAUGAGCAGUUUGUGCAGACGGAUCUUGAUAAGCUAAAAGAGUCGAAGAAUGGCCAUGAGAAGGCAAGGAGACCUGAAAAGGUGACUGAAGAGGUGACAGGGCAGGUUGACAAUGCGGCUGCUGAUAAACUGGCGGUGAUUAUAAAAUUACAGUUGGGAUCCAGCCAGUAUGCGACCAUGGCUUUACGGGAGCUUAUGACAAAUGGAGGCGUCAAGACCUACAAGCCGGAUUUUGGCGGGAGAUAA